GGCAACAUCUUAUCUAGAAAGAAAGAAGACAAGAAAAAACAGCAUGAUUCUCUCAUGGAAAGUCUAUCUGUUUUGACCCACUAUACUAUCAUUUGAUUUAUCGCCAGUUAAUUUAACCAAUGUCCACUACUCGUACAUUUGUUAGUACUUCUACAAUAGUUCCUGUUAAUGGCGGCAAUGUCUCCAGUAAGAGGGAUGCGCAUCAGCAACUUAACCGGAACGAAUAAACCCUCUUCCUAGUCUUGAACAAGCUUCCACUCCUUGAUUCCCUCUGAAUACCCUUGUCGAUUAUGCCUUACUGCCUUGUCUCUUGAAUUCCGAAACUACUAUCCUAAUAUGCGACAAGAGUGUCAGCAUGUGCUGUGUCCAUAGAAUUUCUCGGUUUCCUUCAAAAAUUUUCGUGACACUUUACCAUCGGAGUCAUGUGGAGACGAACAUAUUUACUCCUACUGGUGAUUCGAGUUUACUUGGCCCUCUCCCCUAGCUACCUUCAUCCAGAUGAGAACUUUCAGGGUCCUGAAGUUUUUGCAGGUCGCGUUCUCUCCUACCCGUCGAAGUUACCAUGGGAAUUCACCACCGAUAAACCGAUCCGCAGCGUCUUUCCAUUGUGGCCGACCUAUGGUGUACCGAUAAGCCUUCUAAGAUGGUUCUAUGCCGAAACAGGGGCGCCAAAACCCCCUCCACAGUUUAUCUACUACGUGUUACGAGGGGUCAUGUUCCUUUUGAGCUUUGUGCUGGAGGACUGGGCUGUAUAUGAAUUAGUCCCUCUCGCCCGACAUCGCCGGGCGACAGUGGUCCUAGUCGCUUCUUCAUACGUCACCUGGACAUAUCAGACGCACACUUUCUCCAACUCCCUUGAAACGCUGUUGGUUACUUGGGGUCUGGUCUUGAUUCGCCGCAUUGUUGAAAAUAAGCGUCGCUCAUCUGUCUUCUCCUGCGCUGUCUUAGCCUUUAUUGCUGUUGCUGGCGUCUUCAAUCGAAUCACUUUCCCAGCCUUCCUUGCUAUCCCAGGGCUUCAUUUAUUGCCUCAUUUUCGGCGCAGACCGAUCUCGUUAUUUUCCUUUGUAGUGUUCGGUGUAUUCUUCUUUGGGAUCGCUGUCCUUGUCGACACGGCAUUUUAUAGGCCUACUACGUCCUUGCUGGACGCCCUACGCGCGCCUAUUAUCACACCGAUCCACAAUCUACUUUACAAUUCUGAUAGUUCGAACUUGGCUCUUCAUGGACUCCACCCUCGUUACCAACACUUUUUAGUCAACCUACCACAACUUCUCGGGCCUGUAUAUGUAAUGAUGGCUAUAUCAUUGUGGAGCUUGCCGGUUAUCCCAACCUGGCUAAAAGAUACGCGCGCUAUCUCCGCCUUAUCGGCAACUGUCAUAUUGUCAAUUUUCCCUCAUCAAGAACCACGUUUCUUGAUACCAUGCGUUCCUCUGCUCCUCAGUUGCUUCCGGGUGAGCAGGUCUCGCUUGUUCCUAGCUACCUGGAUGAUAUUCAACGCUGCCCUGGGGUUUUUAAUGGGCGUCUAUCAUCAAGGGGGGGUUGUACCCGCUCAACUUGCAAUGCCCUCUAUUAUAGCGGCUAGCAGCGUUGGGUCCAACGACGCCUUGUUGGGAGGCAACGCCAAUGUCUCUGCAACAGUUUUCUGGUGGAAAACUUACUCCCCCCCCUUGUGGUUACUUGGAACUAACGACAACCCGUCCAUGGCUAUCAAGACUCGAGACUUGAUGGGCAUUCCCGGACCCGAAAUGGUCGAAGAAAUCAAAAAGCUGCUCCCGUCUUGUAACAGUGAUGAAUCGAAGCGAGCUGAGUCUGUGUUGGUUGUUGCGCCCAGGUCGGCUACUUUUCUCGACCAAUAUGCUGCUUUGUCAAGCUCGCCGUCGGAUAGUUCAGAUCUAGAACUACAUGAACUGUGGUCUUACAGGAAGCACAUUAAUCUGGACGAUUUAGACUUUGGCACUGACGGUGUGUAUCCGACAUUGAGGAGAGUAAUUGGUAGGCGCGGGCUUACUAUAUGGAAAGCUAGCAAGGCUAGAUGCGAUUGAAGCGCGGUCAGCUGAUAGCAUGGAUGUGUUCAUCAGUGGAAACUUAGGGUUGACGGAAACUAUGAUAACCUUAGGUCUCACUAUCUUCCUUUGUUCAGAUUCCUCUUUUUUGCUUUUUUUUUGGUAGAGGGGGUCAGAUCUUGUUGAUAAUUGGCAUCUACCACAUAUUCAUAUCUUUCUAUCCAACAUGCGACUACCUCAGGAUCUAUAUAGCAACUACUAAUACACACAUGACCUGUAUGGCGCGUCAUAUUUCAAUAUAUCGACAUGUCCCGCACAGCAAACUAUGAAACAUCCAAGUAGUAAGGGCACCGAGCACACUUACUAGUCCCGUGAUACAAAGCACCGGUACUAGGAGUACAUACUUACCACUACUAGUAAUCCAUUUGUUGGAAGGCCAACCCCCUUAAGAGUGAGCCAAUCAAUUGGCAGAUGACUGUCUUUGCAAAUUACCUUUCAUUCUGCUCACGAAUUUCGGAAUCGAUUCAUUUUCUUCUCCUUAGGUCCCUACGUUGGAUUUAUUGAGGUGGUAGCAAAGGGAAGUGAUGCACAAACAUAUCUCAUUUUUGUCCCAUGAAAUAGGCACAAAACCAAAACCUCCUUUCUGAGUGGAACAGGGAAUGGGA